CAUUGCAACUCCGAGUCCUCAGACCAGCCAGACUGAUCCGCCAUUGCCAUCGCCAUUCUCGCCUGCUUCGAUUGUCGAGUGAGCAUCCGAACUUGCCGCUCCUUUUCAAACGCCCAGCUCCGUACCCCAGUUACCACCCCCGAGACGUCAACAGCGACAUCGACCCCGACACACUCUCUUCAGCCGAUAACAUUGUCUCGUCACGCACACCUACGUCUCUGCUCCAUCGCUCUUCUUAUCUACUACAGCCUACAAGCCCACACACAAUAACCGACGAUACCAACCACCGCCAUGGCGACCCCCCUCGACACCGAUGCCGGAUCCGAGCUGUUCAGCAGCUACGAGGCCGAAUUCAAGCUGGUCCAGGCCGACCUCACCCAGAAGCUCGACCAGAUCCCCGAGCUGAGCGGCGAGCCGCGCAAGGCCGCCAUUAGCCAGGCCGAGCGAGCGCUCGAGGAGGCCGACGAACUGCUCGGGCAGAUGCGCUUGGAGAAGCAGAACAUCCCGUCGUCGUCGCGGCCGAAGGCGAACGCGCGGUUCCGGACGCUGGAGUCGUCGGUGGAGUCGGCGAAGCGGAAGCUGGCGUCGCUGUCGUCGGACCGCGCGGCGCUCUUCGGGUCGCGGUACCGGGACGACCCGUUGGCGGGCGGCGCGGACGGCGGCGGCGGCGCGUCCGACCAGCAGCUCGAGCAGCGCCAGCAGCUGCUCCACGGCACCGACCGCCUCGACCGCUCCUCGCAGCGCCUCCGCUCCUCCCAGGCCCUCGCCGCCGAGACCGAGGCCGUCGGCGCCUCCACCCUCGCCGACCUCCACCAGCAGCGCGAGCGCAUCGCCCACACCGGACAGGUCCUCUACGAGAGCGAGGGCUACGUCGACCGCAGUGUCAAGACGUUACGGGGCAUGGCCCGUAGGAUGGCUACGAAUCGGAUAAUCACUAUCGCCAUCAUCACCGUGCUGGUGAUCCUGAUACUGGCUGUCAUCUACGCCAAGUUCAAAUAGAGGGAGAGAAAGAGAGGGAAAGACGAAAGACGGGAAGUGGGUACGCGGGCGAAGAGAGGCCGAGAAACAGCCCCCUUUCCCUGUGCCUCCUAGCGAAUUUGCCCGUUGUCCUAUAGAGAGAGAGAAAGAGAGAGAGAGGAAGUUUUGUUAUUUUCCCCUACUCUCUCUUUUCCGGGGGGUUUUUCUUCUUCGAUUUCCCGUUUCGCUCACAUGAGGACGGCGUUUAGGGCGCGAGAUAUCGUUCUGUUCAAAGGGGAGGGAGUAGAGGAGUAGGAAGUGCUCGCGUUGAAGGCUUUUAUUCUGCUAGCGGUGCGCUUUCUACGAUGCUGUGUGAUGUGCGUGUGUAUGUGUGUACGUAUGUGUGUGUGCGUGUAUGAGUACGGUAUGAUAUCUUGGUAUAGUUAACCUAUCUGUAUGUUGGGCACGGGUUUCGCUAAAUCCCCUUAGCCCCCAUAUCACCGAAUAGAGCAGCCGGAAUUCCGGUCGUUGUUACUCCGUAUCCGCAUGAAUUCCCAAUCACGUCGUCGUUUCGAGG